AGCGCAGCUAAGAACAGCCAAGCAGGAGGGGAAAAGAGGUGUGGAGAGAUGAGUUUCACAGCUUUGCUCAACCAGAUCAAGCACAAACCGUCGGAAUCACCGAGUAAACCGUCGUCACAGACGAGGAAACCUCAACAGAAGCCAAUGGCGGACAUGAAGAGACGCACUAAACCAGCUGACAAUGCUGAUGAGUUACCAAAUGUGCCCUUUAAGGUGGACCCUGCGGUCCAAAGGCUGAAGGAGCUACGAAGAUUAGAGAAGGAGAAGGAACAAGUAAAGGAGAAGUUGAAAAAGGACGAGAUUAAGAGGAAGAACGCUGCAAAAUCGGCAUCAAGAUCAAGGGCAUCUUCAUCAGUCUCCUAUAGAAUGCCUAAACAGGAGAUCCACGCCGCAGCAAGUACGGACCGCGAUCGAAAGAACAGGUCUGUUUCUCCAGUGAAGAGAUUAUCGUUUGCUGAGUUGAUGGACCAGGCACGUCAAAAGACCAUCUCUUUGAAGGAGACUAAGGACCCCUCUCCUCCAUCAGAGCACGUUCCGAGAACCAGCAGGCCACUUCCAAAGAGUGCAUCUAUUCCAAGGAGUCGAUCCUCCAUGACUUCAGGCUCAUCUUCCUCUAGGAAGUCACCUUCUGUGCCUACGAACUCGAGAUGUGAGGUCAAGCCAAAGAUUGUGAAGCCGUCAGUUCCAAAACCACUGGCUCGUCCUUCCAAGAAACUACAAGAGAAGCUCGAUGCUAAACGUAGGGCAAGAGGCGAAUAUCAGAGUAGUACGAGAUACAAUAAUGACUAUGAGGAUGAAGAUGAGGACGACUACAUGUCUGAUGACUUCAUCGUGGAUGAUGAUGAAGAAGACGAACCAAGAGAAGAUCGUCGUAGACGUGGUAGUUCACACGAUCCUGGUUAUGACCGUGAUGAGAUUUGGCAAAUGUUUGGUAAGAAUCGUCGUAAAUAUACAGAUUAUGACGAUGAUUUAUCAGAUAUGGAGGCCACAGGCGAAGAUAUCUUUGAUGAAGAGUUCAGAUCUGAAAAGAGAGCAAGAAUGGAGGAGAAGGCUGAAAGUGAAAGAGAAAGGAGAAGAAUCGAAGAGAAAAAGAGAAGAUUGGGAAGGAGAUGAACACCUCUCCUGGUUGACAUAUCUACGUGAUCCAUGACACUAAAUGUUUGCAUUUUUGUAUAGUAAUAGGUACUAAACUUGUAUACAAUCCAAA